AUUCCAGCCAGAGCUCCAAAACCCUCGUCUCCUCCAAACCUCCCGCAGCCAUGGCCAUGGCGCGCCGCCACCUCCUCCUCCCGCUCCUCUCCCGCAGCCCCCACGCCCCCACCCCUCUCCACCUCCGCCAUGCCCUCUGCUCCUCCUCUUCCUCCCCUCCCCCCACCCCCGCCAUCGAACCAACCCCCACCGUCGAAACCCCGGAAGAAGAAGCCCCAUCAGCGGCGGCGGCGGAGGAGAAGCCAGAUACCCCGCCGCCCCGGGCGGAGGAGCCACUGCACGAGACGAUCCUGCACAUGAUCCGGCGCCGCAAGUGGACGACGCGGCUGGAGAACUCUGUGCGGCUGCUCUCGCCCACGCUCUCCGCGCCCCUCGUCCACGGCGUGAUCUCCUCGGCCGCCGCCGCCAACCGCGCCGACCUCGCGCUCCAGUUCUUCCGCUUCGCCUACCGCCGCGCCGGGUUCCGCCCGGAGCCGGCCACCUUCUCCCUCCUCAUCCCCGUCCUCGCCUCCAACCGCAUGCUCAACCACGCCCGCUGCAUCCUCCUCGAGACCAUGCCGGCCUUCUCCGUCUCCCCCGACGAGGCCACCGUCGCCGCGCUCGUCGCCGCCUACGGCAAGGCCCGCAUCCCGCAGGAGGCCGUCAAGCUCUUCCGCCUCAUGCCCGAGCUCGGCAUCACGCGCACCGCGCUCUCCUACAACGCCGUGCUCAAGGCCAUCCUCUGCCGCGGCCGCGAGGCCAUGGCCAGGCGGAUCUACAACGCCAUGAUCGCCGAUGGGGUCGCGCCGGACCUGUCCACCUACAACACGUUGAUCUGGGGGUUUGGGCUUUCUGAGAAGAUGGAGGCUGCUGUGAGGGUGUUUGGGGACAUGAAGGGCCAUGGGGUCACACCGGAUGUGACGACUUAUAACAACCUGAUCAAUGCUUGGGUGAGGAAUGGUGAUCUGGAGAGCGCGCGGAAGGUGUUUGAUGAAAUGCCGGGAGCUGGGUUUGAGCGGAACUCGGUCUCGUACAAUGUGAUGAUCAAGGGGUAUGUUGAGGCGAAAAAGGUCGAGGAGGCGGUGGGGUUGUUCAAGGAGAUGGGGGAAAAGGGGUUGAGGUCGAGCGAGAAGACGUUUGCUGCGUUGAUGCCUGGGCUUUGCGAUGACCAGGGGAGGACCGCUGAGGCACGCAAGGCAGUGGAAGACAUGGCGGAGCGACGACUCACGCCAAAGGAUAAGACGGUGUUUCUGAGGCUUGUCACCACACUGUGCAAGGCUGGAGAUUUGGAUGGGGCGUUGGAGGUUCACAAGAAGAGCGGGCAGUUCAAGCAUGUCCUGGUGGAUCCGAGACAGUAUGGUGUGUUGAUGCAGAGCUUGUGUGCAGGUGGAAAGUGUGAUGGUGCUGUCGAGGUGCUAGAUGAGCUUCUUGAGAAGGGCACUCUGCUUAGCCCAAAGAGUCCAGUACUGGAAGCACCUGCUUAUAAUCCGGUGAUUGAGUAUCUGUGUAACAACGGGAAUACCAAAAAGGCUGAGACAUUCUUCAGGCAGCUGAUGAAGAAAGGUGUGGAUGACAAGCUUGCAUUUAACAGUCUUAUCCGUGGCCAUGCAAAGGAAGGUGUUCUGGAGGCUGCACAGGAGAUUCUUGCCAUUAUGACGCGCCGCGGUGUCCCUACCGAUCCUAUAUCACACACACUGCUUGUUGAUAGCUUCCUGAAGAAGAACGAGCCAGCCGAUGCAAAGACAGCAUUGGACAGCAUGAUGGAACAGGGGCACUUGCCGAGCCCAGCUCUGUUCAAGUCUGUCAUGGUAGCACUUUUCGAUGAUGGUCGGGUUCAGACAGCAAGCAGGGUCAUGAGGAGUAUGAUCGAGAAGGGAGUUACAGAGAACAUGGACAUGGCACACAAGAUCUUGGAAGCUCUCUUCAUGAGGGGCCAUGUGGAUGAGGCGAUUGGCCGUGUCAAUCUGAUGGUAGAAAAUGGCUGUAUGCCUGAUCUUGACAAGUUGCUAGUCGCCCUUUGCCAAAAGGACAAAGUUAUGGAGGCACAUAAGCUGGCUGAUUUUGCAUUAGACCGUGACUUUGAAGUUAGCUUCUCAACCUAUGACAAAGUCCUCGAAGCCCUGUACACUGAGGAGAAGACAUUGCCAGCAUACUCCAUGCUCUGCAAGAUCAAGCACAAAGGUGGUGUUGUGGACCAGAAGGGUUGCGAUGCUUUGAUGGAUAGCUUAAAAGCCGAAGGAUACUCAAAGCAAGCUGACAUUCUGUCUAGGAUCUUGGUGGAGAGUGGAUCCUCCACAUCCAAGAGGGGUAAAAAGGUUGCCAUGGGUGCUUAGCAUAGCAAGGUUUCUGGAUGCAUGGAACAAUCCCAUUUUCUUUUUGAAUUGAAGAAAGCAGCAUUUUGUUUCGUUUAUUAAUGCUUGUUGGGCUAUCUGUCAAAUGGGGAUUUUCAUCCUAGGAGACAAGAUGGAUAGGCCGCAGCCCUAUUUUCAGCUUCUCCUGGAUGACUUGUUUGUAGCUGGAAAACAAUAACGAGACAAGUGUCGUGCUCAAAUUGUUAUCAUCCCUUGUGUUUGCAACUGUAUGACUCGUUUCCAUAGCGACCCUUGCCUGCAUGUUAUUUUCUCUAAUUUUCUGAACUGUCGUC